AUGCCAACACCUGCAUCCUCCCCUCUGAAUCGGCAGGCAGUGUGCCGGGAUUCUGGUUGUGGCACUGAGGAGGAAUGCCGGGUGGAGGAGGGGAUCCAGGAUUGUUAUCCCAGAAGUUUUGGGGUUUGCACUGCUGUUGGAGCCACCCACUAUGAGACCUUUGAUGGCAAGAGGUUCAUCUUCCAGGGGACAUGUGUCUACCUGUUGGUAGGGUUGUGUGAGGACACCCAAAAUUUGGUGGGAUUCCAGGUGUUGGUGCAGAAUGGCCACCGAAGUGACAACCUCAUGUUGUCCAUUGCCAUGGUGACAGUCAAAGUCUACAACAAAACCAUCAGCAUUAGCAGGGAACAUCCUGGAAAAAUCAUGAUUGAUGAGCAGUUGAUCAAUCUCCCAUAUCACUACAGUGAAAGAAAGAUUGUUGUCUAUCGUCACGGGCAGGAUGCGGUGGUAGUGACCGACUUUGGCCUUGUUGUCACCUAUGACUGGUACAGCCACGUCACCACCAUGGUGCCCAGUGGCUUCACUAAUGCCCUAUGUGGACUCUGUGGGAACUACAAUGGUGCUGCAAGUGACGACAUGAUGAUGAGGAACAACCAUGUGACGUCAGACCCAGAUGCCUUUGGGAGCAGCUGGAAGGUCACAGAUGUCCCAGGAUGUGGUGAGAGGUCAACAGUGGAAUGUUCCAGCACACUUGCACCUUCCUGGCUGCAGCAGGAAGUCUCUGGGAUGGGGUGUGAAAUUAUUUUGGAAGUGGAUGGACCUUUUAGAGCAUGUCAUAGUCAUGUUGAUGGCCACCAGUACUUCCAGAGCUGCAUCCAUGAUUCCUGCCUGUUCCCUGAUCAGGAAGAAGGGAUCUGUCCAAUCAUUGCCCUCUACGCCACCGCAUGCCAGGCUGCUGGUGUGUCCAUCAGGAGGUGGAGGACAGAUAAUUUCUGCUAUAUUCCCUGUCCUUCCAACAGCUCCUAUGAGCUCUGCUCCCACACCUGCCAGCACACCUGCGGUAUUGACUCUGCCACAUGCCAAGGGCGGUGCCGCGAGGGCUGCACAUGUCAGGAUGGCUUCAUGCUCAGCGGUGACGAGUGUGUCCCCAUGUCCCACUGUGGCUGCAGCCACCAUGGAGUCUACUACAAAGAGGGGGAGACAUUCUACCCCACAAAGCAGGAGAUGUGCCAGUGCCUCUUUGGUGGCACUGUGGAGUGCCAAAACACUUCCCAUCCUGAUGGUGGCCAUGGGAAGGUCAUCAGUGAUGUCGUCCAGUCUCCCUUGCAGCUGUCCAGCACCUGUGUAGCCACAGGUGACCACACCUAUGUUACCUUUGAUGGGAUGGCCUUCAACAUUACUGGUACUUGCUCCUACAUCCUCACCCAGACCUGCACAAGUGACAACGUGAGAUCAUUUAUGGUCACAAUCCAGAAGGAGGCGCGGAAGAAGGGGAAGGUCUCCGGGAUCCAAGUGUUGUCUGUGGAAGUCUAUGGGGUCACCUUGGCCUUGAAACAAGGAAAAAGGGCAGAUGUCAUGGUGGAUUCCAUUUCCCACCACCUCCCCACCAUCCUGAGUGAGGGACAGGUCCAGGUCUACCCACAUGGGACAGGUGUCCUGCUCCGCACUGACUUCGGCCUCAUUGUCCACUAUGACUUCGUCCAGCAUGUGAUGGUCACAGUCCCCCAGACCUACAUGGGGCGCUUGUGUGGCCUCUGCGGCAACUACAAUGGCCAAGGCAAUGAUGAGUUCCAGCUUUCCAGUGGCCAGCUGGCUCCAGAUGCAACAGCCUUUGGAUCUGCAUGGAAAACAACAGAUACGCCUUGCAAUGACACCUGUCCCAAGGAUGAGUGUCCCACCUGCACAGAGGAGAAAGUGGCAGUCCUCCAAAAACCCAACUAUUGUGGCUUACUCACAGCCCCUGAAGGUCCCUUUGGCUCCUGCCAUCGCAUCAUUGACCCCGUCCCGUAUUCCCAAUCCUGCAUCCAUGACCUCUGCAUGACGGGAGGGGACACACAUGUCCUGUGCCAGAGUAUCCAGAGCUAUGUCACUGCAUGCCAAGGUGCCGGUGUCACUGUGGGGCCUUGGAGGACGUCAUCCUUCUGCUCCCCCACCUGCCCAGCCAACAGCACCUACUCGCUUUGCACCAACACCUGUGCCAACAUCUGCACCGGAAAUACCACCACCUGUCCCCAGACCUGCACUGAGGGCUGCCAGUGCCACCAGGGUUCUGUCUUUGAUGGACACAGAUGCGUUCCCGAGGAUUACUGUGAAUGCUUCAGGGAUGGGGAAUACUAUAAGCCCCAUGAGAUACUUUUCCAGGAUCACUGCCAGCACCGUUGCACCUGUGUCCCUGGCCAGGGCCUUACCUGCCACGACCAUACUUGCACUGAGGACGAAUUCUGUGAAAUCCAGGAAGGGGUCUUGGGAUGCAUCAAAAAAAACCCCUGCAAGUCCCUGCACUGCCGCCCCAAGGAGCGCUGCCGGCCCCGCGGUGCCCAAUCCCGCUGUGUCCCAGCCCUGGUCGCCACAUGCUGGGCAUGGGGUGACCCACACUUCCGAACCUUCGACGGCCUUGACUUUGACUUCCAAGGAACCUGCACCUACACCAUGGCUGAAUCCCAUGGGAAUGAUCCUGGGCUGGUGCCCUUCAGGGUCCAGGCCAAGAAUGACAUCCGUGGUGGGAUCCAAUCUGUGUCCUAUGUCUCCCUGGUCAAAGUUGACGUCUAUGGACAACGCAUCUCCUUCCACCGGAAUGAAAAUGGAAGAGUCCGGGUGAACGGGGAGGUGACGCUGCUCCCUGUGCUCCUGGCAGACGGGAAGGUGCGGGUCCAUCCCAGUGGGCUCCGUGUUGCUCUGGAGACAGAUUUUGGUCUCCAGGUCUCCUAUGACUGGAACUGGCACCUCCAGAUCAACCUCUCCAGCAGCUACUACCGCCACGUCCGUGGUCUCUGCGGGAAUUUCAACCUCAAGCCCCUUGAUGACAUCCCCGAGGCUGGUGACAACAUCACUGCAAUUGUCACAUGGGCCAAAAACUGGAAAAGUGCUGACUUUGAGGUUGAUGACCCAAUUUGUUGGGAUUAUUGUGACGGAGUAUGCCCAGUGUGUGAUGAGAAAAAGAAGGAGCUUUAUGGCGGGUACCACUAUUGUGGGAUCAUCAAAAAAUCCUUCCAGGGACCCUUCAGAGCAUGUCACAACAUAGUGAAGCCUCAUGACUUCUAUCGCAACUGCCUGUCUGACCUGUGUCUGAGCAAUGGGGCAAGGUCAAUCCUCUGCCAGGUGCUGGAGACCUACGCAGCGACGUGUCAGAAGCAUGGGGCCAUGGUCCAUGACUGGAGGACGCCAUCAGGAUGCCCCUUAUCUUGCCCUGAAAACAGCCACUAUGAGUCCUGUGGCAAUGCCUGUCCAGCCACCUGCUCCAACUGGGACAGUACAGCCACCUGUGACCAGCCCUGUGUGGAGACCUGUGCCUGUAACACUGGCCACGUGCUCAGUGGUGGACAGUGUGUGCCGGUGUCCCGCUGUGGCUGCACCCGUGAUGGCCGCUACUACCACCCUGGCGAGGAGUUUUGGGGCGAUGACACCUGUCACUCCAGGUGCAGGUGUGACAUGGAGCUGGGAAUGGUGGUGUGCGAGGACUCUGGGUGUAAGCCGGGUGAGGUGUGCGCAGUGGUGAAGGGCGUGCGGCGGUGUGUGGCCAACAGACGCUCCAUCUGCGUGGCCACUGGUGACCCCCACUAUACCACCUUCGAUGGGCGCCGCUACGACUUCAUGGGUACCUGUGUCUACCUGUUAGCUGGGCUCUGCUCCACUGACCCCACCCUCAUCCCCUUUGCUGUCACUGUGGAGAACAAUCACCGUGGCAGCCACCUGGUCUCCUUCACCAAGGUAGUCACCAUGGAGGUGUACAACAUGACCCUCAGCCUCAGCCAGGAACAUCCCCAGAAGGUCAAGGUUAAUGGUGUCCUGUUGGACCUUCCCUUCACCCACAACCAUCAGCUCCAGGUGUCUCUCCGUGGUGUCCAUGGCUUCAUCACCACUGAGAUGGGUGUCACUGUCACCUUUGACUGGUACAGCUAUGCCCGUGUCAUCAUUCCCAACACCUACGCUGGCGCCGUCUGUGGCCUCUGCGGCAACGCCAAUGGUGACCCCCAUGAUGACUUUGUCACCCGUGAUGGCCACCAUGCUGACAAUGAGACCCACUUAGGGGACAGCUGGAAGGUCAGCGAUGUCCCUGGGUGCUCAGCUGGGUGCAGCGAGGGCUGCCAGGUGUGCAGUGAUGCCCAGAAACGUGCCUACCGUGGAGAUAAGCACUGUGGGCUGCUGGGGAAGAAACGGGGGCCCUUUGCCACCUGCCACGACAUCAUCGAGCCCGGCCCUUACUUGGAUGACUGUCUCUUUGACGCCUGCCUGUAUGAGGGACACCAGGACACCGUGUGCCCGGCCAUUGCCACCUAUGUUGCUGCGUGCCAGAGCCAGGGCGUUGCCGUGCAGCCAUGGAGAACGGCUGCCUUCUGCAGCCCUGUGUGCCCCCUGAACCAGCACUAUGAGCUCUGCGGCCCCCCGUGCCCUCCCACCUGCCAAGGCGAAUGUGGCUGUGUUUUGGAGGGCCGCUACUACCCCCGUGGGGAGCAGUUUUACCCUGCUCCUCCCUGCACUGAGCGCUGCAUCUGCUCCGAAAAUGGGAGGCUGGAGUGUCACCCCACUCCAGGCUGCUCCAGUGACGAGGAAUGCACAGUACAGGAUGGGGUACUGGGGUGCCACCCCCGCACCUGCAAACAGUGCCAGGUUUUGGGGGCAGGGGCUUACAGCACCUUCGAUGGGUACCUGGGGAAUUUUGGGGGGUCCUGCACCCUCCUACUGCUGGAGUUGGAGAGGGGUGAGCCUGAAGAAGAGCUGGAGCCUAUCACGGUGGCCUUGGAGCAGGAGGACACGGAGGUGCAGCGGGUGACGGUGACGGCGCACGGGGUGACUGUGGUGAUGGACAGGGGACAGCAGUGGGAGGUGAUGGUGGAUGGCGAGCGCCACUUGCUGCCGCUGUGGCUGCGUGAGGGCGCGGUGGGGGUGGCGCAGGUGGGGUCCCACCGGCUGCUUCAGGUCCAGGGGGGUCCCAAAAUUCUCUACGAUGGCAACGCGUAUAUGGUGCUGACGCUGCCCCCCACAUCCCACCGCCCCCGGGGCCUCUGCGGCAACUUCAACGGGGACCCACACGACGAUGACCCUGACGAGGAGGCUCUGGGCAGCGCCCCCACAAACUGCACCCGCCUGGCGCCCGCCCCCAGCUGCUCCCCGGCCCAGGCGAGGCGCUGCGCGGUGCUCACGGACCCUGAGGGACCCUUUGCGGGGUGUCAUGGGGUGGUGCCGCCCCGCACAUACCUGCUAACCUGUGAGCACCAGGUGUGCGGGGGGGAUGGAGACCCCUGCCCCGGCUUUCAGGGCUAUGCAGCCGCGUGCCAGGCAGCUGGAGGUGCACUCCGGGAGUGGCGGGAGGCCACGGGUUGCUCCCUCACCUGCCCACCCAAGACCCACUACCAGUUGUGUGCCCGCACCUGUGAGCACACCUGUGCAGGUGUGUCAGCCCCGCCCCCCUGCAGUGAGCGAUGCUUCGAGGGGUGUCAGUGCACCGAGGGGCUGCUGUUCGACGGGGCCCGCUGCGUCCUACCGGGCACCUGCGGCUGCCUCCACCAGGGGCGCUACUUCCAGUUCCUCCAAUGCAUCCCAGUUUCUUAG